CAGCGGCGGCAGCAUGACGGUGGCUGGUCGGCUCCGGAGCAAAGCGGCCCGCGGCCUCCAGCGCCGUGGCAGGUCCCGGGGGCGCGGGCGCAGGGUUGCCGAGGACGAAGCGGCGAUCCUCGAGGCGCCCGAGUGCUGGGAUGAGGCGCCGGCGCCCGCGGCGGAGACAGAGACGGAGACGGAGACCGGGGCACGGAGCGGGGGGGCCCGCAGCGCUCGGAGAGUGCAUCUGGCCGUGCUGCCCGAGCGCUACGAGCCGCUGGAGGAGGUGGCUCCAGCCGACAAGCCCAAGAAGCGCUACCGGCAGAAGCUGAAGAAGUACGGCAAGAAUGUGGGCAAAGCCAUCUCCAAAGGCUGCCGCUACGUGGUCCUGGGCCUGCAGGGCUUUGCCGCCGCCUACUCGGCCCCCUUUGGAGUGGCCACCAGCGUGGUGACCUUCGUCCGCUAGCAGCUGUGGUGGAGCCGGGUCUCAGCUCCAGAAGGUGCCAAGCUGGGAAUGUUUUAUCUUCAUGUCCUCGAACCCCAUUAU